UUAGCGGUUGUCCAGUGACGCAGGCCCGCUGAUUGCGAGUUCCUGGGGUCAUUGUCCCAAAUGCCAUCUUGUGAUUGGCCCCGCGCCAGCGGGCCGCUGACAGGCGGUUCCGAUACAGGACCUGAGCAGCCAGCCGCCUAUCCAAGUAUGAUACAUAUGAAACAUGAUCCGUCGUCCAUCUUCCCGUCGCAGUCUCUCCUGAAUCUCUCUCCCAUCGGCGGGGCAGAGCUGAGGUGAAGAGAACAGCCCAUGUACUGGUGCCUGAUACAACGGUGUGAGAUGAGAGUUGAGUACCAGAAUCGUGGUACAAGA